UUUGCUUCUGCUUUAACCCCACUUUGGGUCCUGUCUUCUGCCAAAAAACCAGACACCAAUACAAUCAUCUUUAUAGACCGCCAUCAUCAAAACAAAAAAACUGCAAAAACACAAAUAUACAAUCUCCAAACAGAUCACAAAUCUUGAAAAAAAAAAAAAUAUUGAACUUUUGAGUGGAAAAAAAAAAAAGUUCCAUUUUUUUCUCUCUCUUAUGUUAAAUGCAUCAGAACAAUCUUGAAGUUCAGAUAGGUCAUCAAGAACACAGUGACCUUUCUUCCAAAUUCAAUCAAAAACAAUACCAAAUCCCAAACCAAACAACCCCAAAACAAAAUUUUCCAAAAUUUAAUCUUGAAAUCAAGAUCCCAUCACCAGAUUCUUCAACCAAUCAGAUUCACUUUAGAGAUGAACCAAUUUGCCAAAAUCAAUCACCUGGAAAAACCCUUUUGUCAACACCUCAUAAAAGACCAAUAAUGUCUCAAAGUUCCAAUCUUUAUCACUCUAAUAAUAACCAACAACAAAAUUCCCAUUUUAAAGUUCCAAUCUUGAAGUCAAACACUUCAUCAAAUCAGUCUUUUUUAUGUCCUUGUUCUAUACCUGUUUUGUUAGCUACAAAAAGAAUCACUCUUAGGUUACUUCAUCACUCGUGUCAUGCUUCUUGGAUUAGAGUCCAUUUAAAGCUUUUUAUUUUACUUUCUUUACCUUCUCUUUACUUGUUAACUUCAACUAAUUACUUGGGUUCUUUACUUUACUUGCUGUUUAUUAUUGCUCUAGUUUCUUUUCUGGUUAUUUCACUUUGUGUUGCUCUUCCAUGUGUACCUUCUAUCCGUAUAUUUCUUGCUAGAACUUUGUCUAUUAAUCUUCAUUCAUCACCAACUGCUUCAAAAGCUAGACCUUCAGUUGUUUGGUCAAUAGGGUCAAAGCCUAAACCAGAAAGAAAGCCGAUUUCGGGUUGUUGGGUGCAAGUUUACAGUAAUGGUGAUGUUUAUGAGGGUGAAUUUCAUAAAGGGAAAUGUUCAGGAAGUGGGGUUUAUUACUAUAGAUUGAAUGGGAGGUAUGAAGGUGAUUGGAUAGAUGGGAAAUAUGAUGGAUAUGGGGUGGAAACGUGGUCGAAAGGGAGCCGAUAUCGGGGGCAAUAUAGGCAAGGAUUAAGACAUGGAGUUGGGAUGUAUAGGUCUUAUACUGGGGAUUUAUAUGGUGGAGAAUGGUGUAAUGGACAGUGUCAUGGAUUUGGGGUUCAUACUUGUGAAGAUGGAAGCAGUUAUACAGGGGAGUUUAAAUGGGGUGUUAAACAUGGAUUAGGCCAUUAUCAUUUCAGGUAAACCACUUGGGCAUUUGUAACUGUUUCUUUUUGGACUGCUAGUUAUUAACUUGGGGGUGGUUUUGUUGCUGGUUACAGCUAUGCAGGUUAUAAUACAUAAUUGACUCAUAACUUAUACAUGUUUUAGUUAUGUGGAAUUGUAAAAUGAUAACUGAACAUUGUAUUUGGUGUGCUGAAUUUUAUACAAAACAACUAAAAAGCUACCAAACAUGGUAUUAACUAAGCUCGUUUUAAGACAUGCAUAAUUCCCUUUCUAACCAGCAACCAAGCAACCCCUUGAUGUAUAUUUGAGUUUUAAGUUGAGCUUUUGUGUUUGUGUGAAUUUUCAAUGGCUGAGGCUUACCAUUUUCACUUGUUUUUUCUCAAAAUCUUUGUUAUAUGUGCUUGGACUUCAUUUUCCUUGUCCUUUGUCAUGUUAGAUUAGAUGUCUUUCUGUGUUUUUCCUUGUUGCAUCUAGAAUUCAUGUAUGUUCCAAGAGCUACAUGGUUGGCUCAAUUGGUACAAGUUUUGUUGGGAUAGUUCCAUAUUUUCUACAUGCAAAACAGGAAACCAUAAUUUUGUAUCAAUUAGUCUUUGUCUUAGUGUCGGCCUACUUGCUUAUCGGUGCUAUAGGGUAUAUACCAACGAUACUAAGUACAUGAACAUUCAAGUUUGCACAUACAGAAGCAUUUAAUUAUUAUACGUGUGAGAAUAGGCAACAUUCAAGUUUAAGAUAUUCUCUAGGAUUGUCUCUCUGGGUUUUGAAAUGGUUUUUCACUGCAUUCUUCCU